AUGGGGGACUAUAACUAUGAAUUUUACAACUUAAGUUGUAUAGAUCCUCUUGGUAAUACAUUUAAUUUUGAAGCGUUAAAGGGGAAAGUGGUGAUAAUUGUAAAUAGUGCUUCUUAUUGUGGAUUUUCCAGCCAGUAUGAGGAAUUUGAAGAGCUUUACAAGAAAUAUAGCGGUAAGUUAGAGAUAAUAUCCUUUCCAAGUAACCAAUUUGGAAGCCAGGAACCUUUCACAGGAAAGCAGUUAUUGGACUACCAUAGAAAUUUUCAUAAAAUAUCGUUUCCAAUAAUGGAAAGAAUUGAUUGCAAUGGGAAGUAUCAAAGUCCUGUAUAUGCAUAUUUAACGCAAGCAAAACCUGGAGUGCUAGGAUUCAAAGGUGUAAAAUGGAACUAUGAAAAGUUCUUAAUCACGAAAAAAGGGGAGGUAUUUGGAAGGUACUCAUCCAUUACAACUCCUGUAGCCUUAGAUGCUAUAAUAAAGAAGUUAGUUCAAGAGGAGCUGGGAGAUGAAGUGCGAGAAGGUUAA